UUACUUUUUGGUAGUCCAUGUUUUAUUCAUUCCAUCUUCUGAAUCUUUUGAGUUACCUACUUAUCUGUUUAUAUACCAUUCUUAUAAUGAAAAUUUGAAGGGAAAAAAUGGACCAUGACAAUAUGAAGAAUGAUGAUAAAACAGCGGAAGAGAAGGCUAUUGAUGAUUGGCUUCCGAUAACUGCGGCGAGGAAUGCAACAUGGUAUCAUUCAGCUUUUCACAAUGUUACCGCCAUGGUCGGAGAUGCUGUUCUUAGCCUCCCAUUUGCUUUGUCUGAACUUGGAUGGGGACCUGGUAUCGUCAUACUUGUUCUGUCCUGGAUAAUAACCUUGUACACUCUAUGGCAAAUGGUGGAGAUGCAUGAAAUCAUUCCGGGAAAACGAUUAGAUAGAUACCAUGAGCUAGGCCAAAUGGCUUUUGGUGAAAAGCUUGGCCUUUGGAUUGUUGUUCCUCAGCAGCUUACGGUGGAAAUUAGUACAUGUAUUGUUUAUAUGGUCACCGGAGGCAAAUCGUUGAAGAAAUUCCAAGAAUCUGCUUUUCCAAAUUCAAAAUCUAUCAGAACUACAUACUUCAUUUUAAUAUUUGGCUCUUGCCACUUCAUACUCAGUUUGCUUCCCAGCUUAAAUUCCAUCUCUGGAAUUUCCUUGGCUGCUGCGUUCAUGUCCUUGAGUUACUCCACAAUUGCUUGGACAGCUUCGCUUAGGAAGGGCAUGUAUCAGGAGAAUGUGGACUACAGCUACAGGGACAAAACUACAAGUAGAAAUGUCCUCAACUUCCUUAGUGCAAUGGGUGAUGUAGCUUUUGCCUUUGCUGGUCACAAUGUAGUCCUGGAAAUCCAAGCCACAAUUCCUUCAACUCCUGAACAACCUUCUAAGAAACCAAUGUGGAAAGGUGUUAAGGUCGCAUAUAUCAUUGUUGCUCUUUGCUACUUUCCUGUUGCCCUUGUUGGAUACUUUGUUUUUGGUAACAGUGUAGAUGACAAUAUUCUAAUUACACUAGAAAACCCAAAUUGGCUUAUCGCGCUUGCCAAUUUAUUAGUUGUUUUUCAUGUGAUUGGAGGCUACCAGAUAUAUGCAAUGCCUGUAUUUGACAUGAUAGAGACCUAUUUGACGAAGCAAAAGAAAUUCAGACCUUCUAUACCUCUUCGCAUGGCUGUCCGAUUUACAUAUGUGGUGAUUACAAUGUUUAUUGGUAUGGCAAUUCCUUUCUUUUCUGGCCUACUUGGAUUCUUUGGUGGACUUGCAUUGUCCCCUACCUCGUAUUUUCUCCCGUGCAUCAUUUGGCUCAACCUCGUUAAACCCCGAAGAUUCAGCAUAUCGUGGUGGAUGAAUUGGACUUUCAUAGUACUGGGAGUUUGUUGAUGGUGUUAGCAGCUGCUGGUGGGCUCAGUACAUUAAUCUCUUCGUACAACACCUACAAGUUCUUCAGCUAGAUGCUAAUAUGUUCCUCUUUUUGGCAAAAUCAUCGGAACUCUGAGAUGACAAUCAAGGAAAAUAAAGAUACUUUCAAUAAAUCUUGGCUAUGUAUAUUGUUCGAAGAAAUAAAAUUCCCGAAUACCACGGUUCGAGCAUGAAAAUCUAAUACAUUAUAUGGCAA